AUGCAGAUUCCCUCUAGUGGACAAAAAUUGAUUGGCAAACGCACAAUUGAGUGGCAACUUUGGAAAAAUUCUCUCAGAUUUUCGACCCUUUUCAUCAUCUUUCCAUUCCCCAUCACCGUGGUCUUCUUGCUGAAACAAUUUUUGGCUUCAAUAUUCAUGUCGAAGAAAAAGAUGCGACGACGGUCUAGAAUGAAGACUUUGAAGAUUCUCCAUCCAAUUGCUCAAGGUCAGAUCGUCGUAUUCAUUCUCUUGUAUCUCUGCUCGUGCUUCCUGGCAGAACCUGGCUAUCUGGACUUUGACAAUCUUCCUGAGACAAAUUUCACGUGUGCAGGAAAGGUAAUUGGUGGAUAUUACGCUGACCUAGAGACUUCCUGUCAGAUGUUCCAUGUGUGCACAAUUGGGCAACUGGACGAACCGAUGGACAUCAAGUUUCUCUGUCUCAAUGGUACAGUUUUUGAUCAGGAGACACGAGUAUGUGAACGCGUGGACGAAGUGGAUUGUUCCAAAUCGGAACGCUUCUACUACCUCAAUCUGGAGCUGUACGGGAACACGAUGGUGCCGGUACCGGAAGAAAAUGCCGAUGCUCCGGUCACAACGAGUUCUUCAAGUACAAGCACAACCACAACUUCCACAACGACAUCAGCACCUCCUGUGACGACAACUAGUACUAGCACAACAACAGCUCCUGCCAGCAGCACCACUAGGCGUCCCAUAAGUACCUCCAAAGCUCCUUACAAGUCCCAAUAUCACUUCAAUGCCACCAAAGGUGUUGCUCCUGCAGGAUUCUCAACAACUCCGGGUUCGGGGCACUAUGUUCCUUCGACGGCAGCACCAACGCUUCCUGCUGCAGAGGCGGAAGAUGACGAUGAGGCUGAGGAGGAGUAUGAAUAUGACGAUGACUAUUUUGUCACAGAUCGUGGACCCACGGGCUUCGAUCCUGGUCCUACGAAUCCUCCGGCAAGUGCUUUCUCCCCACAGCACUUUAUCUUUCAGCAGAACGAGGAGAAGACUAAGCAGCAAGGGAAACCGGCAAUCUCGUUUCAGCAACAGCAAUUCGAGAAUGGCGGUUCUGUGCACAAUUCACAUAUCACAGUGACCACACAUACGGCCACACCGGAGCAUCCGUCGCACAAGAAGCCCGUGGCGCAGCAGCAGUUCAGCAAGAACCGUGCAGUAACGUACACACCGCCGCCGAGUAUCACGACAUCUCGGCCGCAGUAUAAUUUGUACGGACUGAAUACGGCUCCGUCCUCGGCACAGCUACCAAAGAGAAUACCUCUGUUGCCCACGGCGCAGCUCUCCCAGGGCAAUCCACCCACGGGACAUGCCGGCUACCAGCAGCAUCCGGGUGCACCAUUUAGGCUACGUGCCCAGGGAUUCCAAUUACCGCCGGUUGCACAGCCCAGACCCUUCGAGGGCUACCGUCGUCACAUGCCUCAGAUUCCUCUGCAUUUACCACCAUUUGAACAGAGGAGAGACCACAAGGAGAUUCUGGGCUUCGAGGAUGCCGCCGAUGCCCUGAUAGCCCCAGCCGAACGCAAAGAGCUAAAGCGAUCGGAUCCACGUGGCGGAAGCAGUCAGAAUGCCACGGUAUCCGUCACUACGUCUUCCACAUCAAAGCAGCGCAAGCUGGUGCCCACGGUGCCGUCCAAGGGGCCAAUUGGACGGCCGAAGGGUCGUGGGGAGACAUCUAGUAGUAGUAUUAAUAGUAAUUUAAAGAAAACCCAUAGUCAAGCGUACGACAGGGUCCUGCUGACGCCGCAGGAUCGCUACAUCUCGAGUCUGCCGAAAGUUGUGAUCUCUGCCAGUGCUUCCGUAAGCGAUGGCAGUGGCAAGAAGCUCAAUUAUUCAAUUGGGAGCAAUGUCAAGAUACCGCCCCCCUCCUACGAUGACUAUCGCGAGGGGGACGUCAUCCUGGAUCCCUUUUUCCUCGAUGUGCCCAAAAUUAAGCCUAGAAUUAAGCGUUCUGCUAAAAGAAGGAAAGAAACAGUUGCGUGAAAUCUAAAGUCUACCCUCUAUUUCCCUUUGAACUUUCUCGGAUUAUUAAGCAAUUAUCUAUUUAAUCUGCAUCCCUGUACAACGAACCGCGGGAGGAACUCCAAGAAAAAUUAUGAAAAUGUCGCGAAAAUGUGUGAAAACCCAUGGAAAUUUGUGUAAAUAAAAGAGAUUGUCUUUAUGA